CGGCAGAUGGAGUGCCAGUACAGAAGGAUGGGGAACAGCAUGGACCUUCAGAAUUUUCAUGGGAAGGAAUCAAUCUGUCUAUGGAAGACACCACAUCCAUCCUGCCUCGACUGAAAAGGAACUCCAACGCCUAUGGAAUCGGCGCUCUUGCUAAGUCCUCUCUGACAGGUGUGUCAGUUUCCCGCUCUAUGAAGGACAAGGUGACUAAGCCCACAGGGAUGGCCCAGGGUCGGGUGGCGCACAUGAUAGAGUGGCAGAACUGGGGCAUGCAGACGGUGGGCGCGGGAGGCGUGAUGCAGCCCCGCAUCUCCACCCAAGAGCGGGAGAACGAGAGGCGGUUGGAGAACGACGCCUACAGCGACCUCAGCGACGGAGAGAAGGAAGCACGUUUUGCUGCAGGUAUCCUGCAGCAGUUUGCGAUCUCCCAGGCGACGCUCAUGGCCUGGACCUCCAUGGACGGGGAGAGCAUGAGGUCGGGAUCCAAUCAGGGCAGUGUGGCACACCUCAGCGAGGUCAACCAGGAGAGCAUCACCAGCCGAGACCAGAUACUCCACCACUCCACCGCGGACGUGUGGCCGCAUACCUACGUCUCCCAGGGCCUCUACUGCCUCUCCUCCUCCGACGCCUGGGAGCCAAUCAGCAACGAGCCCUCCGGCGUGGCUUCUCCCGCCGCCGGCUCCUACACCAUGGCGGGCGGCGAGGGCUACGAGGCCAACACGGCCGCCCACUUCAUGUCUCAGCAGCAGCAACAGCACAGCCAGCUGCAGCAGCUGCAACAGCUGCAGCAGAUCCAGCACUACCAGCAGCAACAGCUCCUGCAGUACCAGCAGCAACAGUCCCUAGAGCACAGGCUGCACAGUGCCAAUCACUCCUUGCAAGCCACGCCCAACAGCACCAUCCACAGUCUGGCCCCUCCCACUCAUCCGCCAUUGGUGGACCUUUGGGGGGCGGGACAGAUGGAGUCCUAUCCGAUGGAGGGAGGAGGGUUCAUGGGCGUGUCUGCGGUGGUGGAGCCUGGCUUAGCGGUCCAGUCUACGGUGGAGAUGGGGACCGAACACUCCCCUCUACUGGAGCAACAGGAGGAUGACAUCAAGGAAGAGGAAGUGACACUGUGCAUGGAGCCAGAGUCCAUGACGCUGACCCCGCCCACACGAGGAGACGAUUCCCCCGCUACCGGAGGCAGUAGUCCAGGGCAACCAACAGUAGAGCCAAUCACAGAAUGGAAGACCUCUGAUGUCACUUCCAACAUUGCUCAGACGUUAGAGGAGAAGAAAGAGGAGGAGGAGGGGUCAGCUGCUUCCAUGACAACCAACUGAGGGAUGGCGGGGUUAUGAGACUCCUGACAGACUGUCCCUGGAGUCAGGAGAGAGCGUAAUAAUCAAAUAUUUAUCAAUUAAUCUGUUCCUUUUCAGGUAUCGAACACGUAAUUUGUUUGGGUCAGGUAAUGACCUCUUAAUACUGCUGAGAGACAGUGGGGACGAGGGAACGGACUCACACAGAGAACUGUUGGUGCGACAGAGAAUAUUCUGUUCUUUUGGAGCCUUACGUCCCCCGUGAGAUGGAGUAGUGGAUGAAGGGAUGAAGGGAGGACUGACCGACACACGCAGGGAAGAAAGGAGGGUUGAGGAGGAGAGGGAAGACAAGCACCAAAUGACGAUGCAUUAGGGAGAUGAAACGACAUGGAAAACAACAAAAGGGGAAAUAAACAUGCAUGCUUUUUCAAAGACAGAUGUGACUAUGUCGUCGUCUUACAAUGAUUAUAAAAAUCCAUAGUAAAAACAUUAUAGUGAUAACAAUAAUUUUUCUAAUAAAGAAAAAAAACAGGUCACAAAAAUGUAUGUAUAAGUGUAUGAUAAACAUAUAGGAAGGAAAACGUUUUUUUUCUUUCAAUUUUGUCUCUUGUCGGGGAGAGCUACUGUGUUUACAGUCAAGAUUAUAAACAUUCAGAAUGACACAAUCAUAUUUACAUCCCCACACCUUUAAGAACAGCAACAUUCACCAAGUGUAGUUUACUUGUGGUCCUUUGAAACUCUGUCACUACAUACAGUCUGCCCAAACCAAGCAGAUAGCCACCAGGGCCCCAUAAAUCCCUUAAGGUUACACCUCAAAUUCGAUCAUACUGUAACAGGCCAAUUUAAUCUCGAUCUAGACCCUGCAACCCACAUCAAUUGUGUGAAAUAUCAGAUCAAUCCUCACAGGGUCUGCAUGGUUAACCCCCUGCUCUGUGAUGCUUUGGCACCCAGAUCCCCCCAGGCAUGAAGCGCCCACUAACCUCCCUGUUGACUGCACACACAGCACUGCACACACAGCACUGCACACACAGCACUGCACACACAGCACUGCACACACAGCACUGCACACACAGCACUGCACACACAGCACUGCACAGAUACGGAUUGUACUGCGACACAGUCUGAGUCCUGCUCUGUCCUUCUGUGUGUAUGUUUCUCCAGAGUGCUAUGGAGUACCUGUACUAUACAGCACUGUAUAGGCUUUGCACUGAACCAUAGUACUACAGUUGUAGCGGUUUAGAUGGAGCGGGUCUGUCUGCAUACAUGGACAGAGUAGAGGAGACAGAAAGCUGUAGACCGAAUCUAUUUGCACUGAUGCAAUCCAAGAGAUCGGACGAUGCCUUUGGACUGUGAUGUUCAAACCCCCUUGUUACUAUUCAGAGAACGCUCCCUGCAUCACCAAGCACCAAAACGUCACCACUGGAAAACGUGGACCCUCAUCUCUUGUAACAAGCGCAGUAUGUACUCAAGGCUGGAGGAAGAGUACACCAUGGAACGUUCUAGAAGAUUUAGACGCUGGUUCUGGUUCUGCGGAUUCCUUUUUUUGUUUGGGUGUCUGCACAUGGGACAGUUUUGACAAGGCAAAAAAUUCCUUCAAAUUUCUAGAAGACAGCUGUAUAAAUUGUAUGUGGAUAAAAAAAUAUAUAUGUGCACACACACACACACACGCAAUAUAUACAUUGCAACCAGUUGCAUACAGACAGAACAUUAGUCUCCAGAAGGAUUUAUGGCCACAUUGCCACAUAGAUGUCCUGUAAAUAGUGAGUAUGCGAACCUUUUCUCUUUCCUUCUCAAUCCACUGUCGGCUCUUUACUUUUCUACUCGUCACCAUCCCAUGUUCUUUUGGGGGAUCUCUCUUUUUCUCUCUCUAGCUCCUAAGUCCAACCUGUGUUUGAGUUGUCAUGACACACGGUGGAGAAGAAAUAACGAACAUGGGAAUGUCAACGUUGUAAAUAGUGUGACCAGAGGCAUGUAUAGGAAUGUUGGAUUUCGGUUGUGAAGUCCACCGGCGGAGGGUCAAAGGAACUCCUUGGACACUUGUCCACCAUUCAAGUCAAUCAGGGAUCAGAACCGAGUAGAACUAGAUCUGAGUAGAACUAGAACUGGAUCGAUCAGUGUCUUCCUGCUCAUCGUCAUGACGAUGAGGACGAGACCCAUGUGGGAUGGGAUGGCUGAGUAAGCCAGGGGGUGUGUGUGUGUGUGUGUGUGUGUGUGUGUGUGUGUGUGUGUGUGUGUGAAAGAGAAAAGAACUAGUUAAUGAUGUAGUUUAUUCUACCUGAUAUCGGAGGUACUGGACUGUCUGUAUGAAUCACAGAGGAACCGUACACAAGACAUACUGGUCAUGGGUAUCUUUCUGUUGUUGGAGAAAUUCUCCUUCCACUUUAAUGAUUGUGUGACAAACUUUUACGAUCAAAAAAAAAAAGUUUUAUUGACUUGAAUGAAUUUAUUUCGUGAUUGAUCAUUUAUGCAAUGUUGGGACAAUGUUUAUUUUUCUACGGAACUGUUGAAACCCCCCCCCCCCUCCC